AUGGAACCGACGGGUCUACGCGACGUUUUCAAAUGUGUAACACUAUGUAAGCAAACACCAAAAUACGACUCAUUUCAGAGGGACUUCAUGGUGGUUUCAGCCUUCCACAACAACAUUCGCACAUAAUUAGCUGCACAAAAAGAGAGGAAAACAUGAAAACUAAACGCAUAAAAGCUGUUUGGACUUACUUUGUUGAUAAAUGACAGACCUGAAACGCUUUCCUCUGCAAAUACAUCUGGAUGACUUUGGUGUAAACGGAUUAAAUAUGAGUAAAAAGCGCGUUAAGACCGAUAUCAACAAAGUAAUUGAUGCUAGAAGCCUGAUAUGUUAUUGUAAAAGCAUAUGUUGUCAUUUGUUGUUUGCCUCACAACCUGUUCCCUGCUCGGCAGCCAUAGCAGCAAUGGAGGAUAUUGGUCUUCUUCACAAACCCACAAAUGACCCCCCGCCUGUUCACAGACCCACAGCAACUGAGACUCUGGGGCUGAACCCUCCACCAGGUGAGAUUAAACAGAGUCUCUUUUCUAUAAGAAAGUGUAUUGUUGGUUAUUGACUUCCUUUAUGAAGAUGCUGUGUGUGCUGCUUUAUCUAGAACAUCUGCAUGUCACUGAUACAAGCAGGAAAUCUAACAAACAUGAAGAUGGAGCAUGCAGAAGAAGUUCCCUCUCAGUGAAGACAGCAGAGCCUCAGAUGAUACCAUCACCUCUGUGUGCUGUCAGCAGUAAGUGACAGGGUGUUGUUGUCUUGUAAAUUCAAUUUCUACUCCCUCAUACUAAAAGCACAUGUUAUAUUACAUGGACACUUAGGAAGAUUCUGCCAAACUCUAGUGUAAUUUCUACCGGUAGACACUUUUAUACCAUCAUACGGUAUAUCCCGUCAUACCGCGCAACACUGCUUAUAGCUAACUAAAGCCGAUCUUCAACUGUGGAACAAUAAUUUUCAGUGAAACUAAAAGAUAAACGGUACUACUCAUAACAAAUGAAAGAGUAAUUUCACCAAAAUAACAUAAAAGUUCCUACAAUAAUUGAUUGGACUCUGACAUAACUGUUUUUUAGCAAUUUUGAUUUUUCCACUCAUUCAAUAUGUUUUUUGAUGUUUUGCACAUUGGCACUAAAUUUUAUCUUCAAAAUGAGUCACAAUUUGUAUUUUAGAGCAAUGCAUCAAAUAACCAACUCAAUUUCUCUGCAUUUGUUUGUUUUUCAGCUACAAAGACUGUAAACUCUAAUCUGGAUAAGACAGGGACUAGCAGAAGAAAACCCAGAGCAAGAGUUUCAGAUCCAUCCAGAUGGAAGCAAAACAAGCAGAAGCAGCUGAGGAUGGAGGGCAAGGCGUAUGUAAGCAAACGCAAAAGAGACGGAGAGAUCGUGACUAAACAGCCAAGAGCAGUGGGACCAAGGUGCACCUCGAGUGUGUGCAAGAAGGCCUCUAACAGGCUCUGCAGAGAAAUCGAUGAAGACAUCAGACAGAAAGUGUUUGAGGAGUUCUGGCAGGGCAUGAACUGGGCCCAGAGGAAACUGUAUGUAGCAGGACAAGUCGACUGCGACCCCGUGGAAAGAUCUCGAGCGGUGGGAUCACAGUCGAGGAGAUCGGUGUCACUCCGUUAUCACCUGCUGGUGGAUGGUAAAAGGAAGCAGGUGUGUAAGAACAUGUUCCUGUCCACUCUGGGGGUUGGAGAGUGGUCUGUGCUCAACUGGGCACAGAAAGGAGCAACAAAUAUGAAGAAAAAACAGAGUGGGAACAAACUGGAAAUGGUGCAGGCUUUGCCUCAGGUCCCAAAACAGAAACCGACCUCUGCUGCAGUCAGUAAUACUAAAGAAGUUUCCCUGGGUGAGUGUUUCUAUGGGAUUACGUUUAUUUUUGUUUCUGUACAUGUACCACGAUCAAAACACUUCAUUAAAGUUUUUGGGGACUUUGCAUAAAGACAAAAUAACCCCAAACAGCAUAAACCACAAUAAAAUAUAGGAACCUAAUAUCCUUGUUUUUGGUGUUUUUGGCUUUUUAAAGUCAUAAAGAGACGAUGUAAUUUUCAGUCUGUCACAGCCAGUUUGAAACCCCUUAGAGAGUAUUUAUGCAAAAUAAAGAAUAUCAGGGUAGUAAAGCAAUGGUCCAUUCAUAUAUGAGACUUAAAAACCUUUAAAAAGAGGCAUUAUUUUGAAAGAUAUUCCUACUCCCAGUGGGUUACACUUGAGUUUGGAUCAAAAUGUGGACAGUAGCAAUACCUUAUAGUGUCAGUGGACCCUCUUUUAAAUUUUCAUUCAUGAGACUUUUAUUAAUCACUCACAAAAAUGAUCUCCAGAUUUUUCAAAUGGUGUGAAUUUCUUAUUUCUGUUUUUGCAGAACAUGUGAUCGGCCUUGAAAGAGACAAAAACAGCCCACCAGAACCAGAGGGACCUGCCAGGAAGAAAUCUAGAGUCGCCAAACCACUGACAUGGAAGCAGAAUCGAAUGAAGCAGCUCAGGAUGGAGGGCAAACCGUACAUCAGCAAACGAAAGAAAGACGGUGCUACUGUGACGAAAGCUCAGAGGACAAUCGGACCGAGGUGCACCUCCAGCGCUUGCAGGAAAGCGUCGAACCGUUUCUGUGCAGACUUCAGUGAAGAAGCCAGGAAACAGCUGUUCACCAGCUUCUGGCAGUGUAUGAACUGGUCUCAGAGGAGGAUCUAUGUGGCAGGAUUAGUUAACUGUGACCCAGUGGAAAGAACUCGAGCUCCGUGGACUAAGUCAAGAAGAUCAGUCUCUAUGCGGUAUCAUUUAAUAUCUGAAGGUGACAGGAGACAAGUUUGCAAAAAGAUGUUCCUCUCCACUUUGGGGGUUGGAGAGUGGUCGGUGCUUAACUGGGCUCAGAAUUCAUCUGAGGAGGACAAUCCAGACGUGAACCCCAAGAAGCAAAAACAGAGGAAGUCCCGUAAAGCUUCAGAGCACGUUUUCCUGAAUGAGUUCCUGGACAGUUUACCUAAAGUGACCUCAUACUCCUCUAAGCUGUAUCUGGAGCCGGUCUUCUCAAACAUGUCUGAGGUUUACAGACACUACUACAACCACUGCAUGGAGAAGAAGACCACGCCGCUCUCUCGGCAGGUUUUCUGCGCAGUUUUUAAAAAGAUGGAUUUGGGAUUGUGUGACCCCAAAAAGGAUCAAGGAUGUACUUUUGGUGCGACGGGGAGUUUGUUCAAUGAGCUUUGGGAGGAAUACUGCAUGAACAGAGGAGCUCCAGAGCCUCAGCUGGAGAAGUAG